CGUCAUGUUCAGUGUAGCCUCAGCUGUGGUGGGAAGAAGAUGUCAGCCGUUGUCGUCUUCGCUGUUUUUCUCCUCAUCUGUACUAUUCUCAAGUUUUUGAAUGUCACCAGCCCUCCUAGACCGCCUCGGCUAGUAUGCAGUGACUCUAAAUUCCUAGAACUCAUCCUGAAGUAUUGUCCACACCUAAAUGAAACGUAUGUCCCAGUAAGACUAUGGGGCUGCAGCGGACACCUUCAGACUAUCGUUCAUGCCACUGUGGGACGCACCUACUGCCCUAAUGUGAUGCCUCGGCGUAUUGCUGCCAGACAGGAGGACGGCGCCACUGUCACUUGGGAUGUGUAUGAUCCAACAGGUCCCUCUCAGUUCAGUGAGGACUACACUAUUGCUGUCUGCCCAGGAAUAGCCAACAGUAGCGAGAGUACAUACGUGCGGUCCCUGGUGUCUUUAACGUGUUCACAGGGUUACCGGUGUGUGGUGCUCAACCAUCUAGGCGUCCUCCCACACCUCAAAGUUACCAGCCCAAGGAUUUUCCGAUAUGGACAAACAGAUGAGUUACACUUGAUGCUGACAAAGUUCGUGGAAUCACACCCAGACACAAAGCUCCUCUUAGUUGGCUUCAGCAUGGGAGGGAACAUUGUGACCAAAUAUUUAGGAGAGAUGACAAGAGUCCGUCCAGACAACAUCAUUGGAGCCAUUGCAAUCUGUCAGGGCUAUGAUGCUGUUGCAGGCCUUAAGUACUUACUGGAAUGGCACAACCUGGCACGCAUAUAUCUCUUCUCUAUGACAGAGAACAUGCGGUCAGUCAUUAUUAAACACAAAGAAGCAUUGCUCACAGAAGAAGUGAAACGCAAACAUAACAUUGAUGAGCGACGAGUCAUGUCAGCAGCUACACUGCCAGAACUGGAUGAGGUCUACACUAGGAGAAUUUAUGGCUUUCGAAGUGUAGAAGAGUUAUAUCGAAACGACAGCUCUGCAAAUUACUUACACAAUGUACAUGUCCCUAUUGUGUUUAUCAAUGCCAGGGAUGACCCCUUGGUGCAUCCAGACAUGCUCAGCAUUCCACAAGCUUUUGUCAAAACCCACAAGAAUUCCUUAUAUAUUGAAACAGAACACGGAGGCCAUCUCGGCUAUUACGACGGUGGUUACAUUAUUCCACGAGCUGUUACCUGGCUGGACCGCACAGUUGUCUCACUCGUUACUGCACUAGUCAACAACCAGUGAACCUCUUCAUCACAAGAAUAAUUUACACAUGUUUAAAUAUUGAUGAGUCAUUCCCAGCCAAAGCAUCUUCUUUGGCUAUGCUGUCGACUGUCUCCAGUGUUGCCAACUCAUGACUAUCCAGAGUAUGCCAUGUCCUUAACUAGCAGUGUUUGGAAAUUGCAAAAUAUUGUUCCAUGCUUUCAAAGAUUUGGGUGUGAAAUUGUUUAUAUAUGGAAAAAAUAUUAGUGAAAAUGUCACAAGAUGUUUUCCUAUGCUAAAAUCCCAUUUAGGUAAAGGUGUUUGAAAUCAUGGCUACAUAUUUCAGAAAAUAUAUAGAUCAAGAUUUUUUCCUUUCCUAUAUAAACAGUAUAUCUAAUUAAUAUUGCAUUAUAUUCUAGCUUAAGUACAUUACUGUUAGUGUUAAAACUGACAAUAUAUAAAGCAUGGUAAUGAUAAUCACAGGCUUUCAAAGGAUGUUAUGAAGUUGACUAUUUUUGUAUAACAUAUAAGCACAAGUUUCAGAUGUGUACGAUGUAUUAUCAAGUGGAGUCCAUCAGUUGUUGUGCAUUGCAAAGUUUUUAGGAAACCGCACAAAUGGCAAAGUUUUCCCGUGAUUGUGAAGCAUAAACUGAUGCUCAACGGUUGACAAUAAUGAAAUCGAGUUGUGAUAGUGAUAGAGCAAGCAGUGACAAAGUAUUUUCCAUUAUUAGUUUAAAUUAUAUUAACAAAAUUAUCCUGUUGACUAAAAAAAAAAAAAAUAGUUGUACAGAAAUGCAAAAUUAGGCGUGGAUGUUGUCGUGGCAACCAUCCUCUAUCUGCCCCUUAUUGUCAGCGUUAUUGUCUUAGACAAUUUUUUAUCUGUACUAUACAAACUUUCUUAAGAGAUUUUCAUGGAGAUCCUGUAUUAAAACAGCAACAUUGUCCUCACUUGUGGACAUCUUCGCACAUCAACAAGUAAGGACAAUGUUGUGAUACAGUUCAAGCACGAGUAUCUCAAAGGCAGUGUGUAUAUUUUCCCAGACAUCAUGUAGAUUAUCAUGUAUCAGAUGAAUUGAGAACUCGGAAAGAAGUCUUCGUAUUUUUUACCAAGUAUUAGUGGCAAUAUAUAUAUAUAUAUAUAUAUAUAUAUAUAUAUAUAUAUAUAUAUAUAUAUAUAUAUAUAUAUAUAUAUAUAUAUAUAUAUAUAUAUAUAUAUAUAUAUAUAUAUAUAUAUAUAUAUAUAAUUUGACAAAGCCUUAUACAGUACCACUAUAAAAACUGGUAAGAAAUUUCAUUGCUUUUUUAAUGUGGUGUAUUUUUGUAUUCAAAUCGAGUCUUGUCAGUCAAUUUAAAUCUGAGCUACCAAGGAUGUUACUUAUCUGAGCUGCAGAUUCCAUAUAUAUUUUUUUAUGAUUAUUCUAGGGUUCAAUAUUGGUUUGUUUGGAAAUUUCUAUUUCUCUCAUAUAUAUAUAUAUAUAUAUAUAUAUAUAUAUAUAUAUAUAUAUAUAUAUAUAUAUAUAUAUAUAUAUAUAUAUAUAUAUAUAUAUAUAUAUAUAUAUAUAUAUAUAUAUAUAUAUAUAUAUAUAUAUAUAUAUAUAUAUAUAUAUAUAUAUAUAUAUAUAUAUAUAUAUAUACGGGAACUUGCCCUCAUAAUGUUGCACAAAAUUUUGAUGAAUAUUUUUUAAAUUACAGGUAUAAGCAGUAAGCCCUUGGAAAUGCAGACCUGUUGGGAAUAAGGUCAUACCAAUACAGUAUUUGUACAUUGUCUUUUCUGAACAUUUGUUAAUCCAAGGAGCUUAGUACUGUAGACACAUGAGUACUGUAGUACAAAUUCCACAAAAUUGCACAAUGGACAUUGACUCAAAUAAAUAUAACUGAUGUGUGUAUUCAUCAAGGGUGGGGUAAGGUGGGAGGUGAGGCCUUCAAAAUAGUGCAUCAUCUGUUCUUUGAGCACCAAGUUCAUUUUCUGUCCCAAAGGUGCUGGUUGUUUGAGACUCCAGGAUAACUUGUCAAUGGAUUUCAGAGGUUUUACUGUAUAAAUGUUCCCAUGUUUAUGUAAUUGUACCAUAAUGUAUUUAUAUAAUAUUAUCUAGAAUGCAUAUGUUGUUAUUAAUGAAUUUAUUAUUUGUGUUACAGUGGAAUGUGAUUUUGGUGUUAGUUCUAUGGAGAAUAAAAAUUUGUAUUGGUAUAGAAUGCACAAGUUCACUUUAAUUUAAUUAUGAGGAGAUGCUUAAGGUAUUUUCCUACAGGUCCACUAGGCUUGACAAACACCAGAACAUGUUCACAUUGUAUAAUCAAGAGCCUGUCAAUGUCAAGUAUGUGUCAACAGUGCAACACAAAAACUUGAAUGACUGGCCAAUCAACUCAUAACCCAACAUUUGACAAAAACGAUAAAAUCAAGCAAGCAACAUUCCAUAAAUAUUUGGAGUGAACACACCAACCCUGUAAGAUGGAUGUAUUGAUCUCUCUGUUAUACUUUGUCUUUUUUCAUACUUUUGGUGCCUUUGUUGGUUACUAAGAUUUGUUUUCAAGUCUUAUGUUACUAUUAUAAGGGUAUAUUUCACUAGUCAUAUCCACUGAUAAAGUAGAAAUGUUGCACACACACACUACAACAUUAUGGUUAUACCUGGUACAUGUCACACUUAUAUGCAGUAGUUUAUUAUAUAUACAAAAGGUUAGGUGACCUAUGCAGUAUUCCUUUAAACAUUUCAGUCACUAUAUCUUGGCACAUAUAGUAAUUAAGGUUUUAUGUUGUGGCAAGACAUAUUAUACAUGUACUGUAGAGGGUGUCUCAAAAUGUGUACACGCUGCCCUACAGAUUUCCAUGGAGAUCACAUGAAUGCCUGUAUUACAACAACAGCAUUGUCCUCACUUUUGGGAGACCUCACACAUCAACAAGCGAGAACAAUGUUACUGUUGUCUUUCAAUCAUUCACGAAAAACUGAAAGAUAGUGCGUGUUGUAUAGAUUAUUUUGAUAAUUUUGAAUUUAUAUUUACCAUAGUCUUUUAACCUGAACUCAACUAUAGUCAGUCGCGGAUCAAGUAGCUUACUACACGUAGGUAUUAAAGCCAAUGAAUUUUCAGGAGAUGUCUGGGUCUGUUUUGGUUGAAGUAGACACACUGGUACAGACAUGGUGGGAGAUAGUAUGUGUCUGAGGGUUAUUACAGGCUGAGAGAAGAUGUCUGUGUGGGUUAUCAAAAGAAUGUGUGUGUGUAUAUCUGUGUGUGUUUGUGAUGUGUGUGUGUGUGUGUAUAUGUGCAUCAGAGCAAAUACUGUACAUAAAGAUGAGACAUAUGAUGGACAUGUCGUGAUGGGAGCCAACAGAAUAGUACAUCAGUGUCGUACAACAGCAGUGUCAACCAGAAUUUACGUUUCCAGAAACCAUUAGUUAAUUAUCUUUCUCCCCUCAAAAUAAAAAUCCUCACAUGAAAGUACAUUAGUUGUAGCUUAAUUUACAAGUGAUAACCUAUGUGGUAUUUAUAUACUGUAGUAUUUAUUCAGGAACAUUUUGUUAUUCAAGAACCCUAACUAAUGACUAGAUUUUAGGACAUACAAUAAACAGGAACCUAAAAAUAAGUAGUAAGAAUAGUCUGAGUUUUAGGCUGUGUUUUAUGGUUAAGUGUGUCCUAAAAUAUAAUAAUCGUUUAGGGUUCUCGGAUACAAAAAUGACCUUAUACUAUAAUAUUUAUUUUUGUCACUGUAUUUGUAAUUUCAGGGGUGCUAGUUGUCAUACGCAUUAUCACAUUCCCGACAACAACAAAAUUUGGAGACUUAUUGUGUGCGGUGGCAUUUAUCCUCAGGUGGGCAACAGUUCUUAGUUUAUUAGAAUGUUACAAAGUACUGUGUCAACAUGCCAAAAUAAACAAACUUGAUAUAAGAUGAAAAAUUAUUACAUAAGAAAAUAUUUUCAUGGAAUAUUUUCUUAAUUUUUCAACCAUUAUUUAAUUUGAACUUUGCUAGGAGAAGAUAUUGUCAUAUUGUCUUUUUCAUAUUAACUUGAAAAUUAUUUAAGUAAAUUUAGUUUAUUUUCUCCAUAUUUCAUACUUGUAGAUUUCUUAGUACUCUGUAGAUGUUUGUUGUAACUGAGCAAUAACUGGUCUGCUGAAUAAGCUCUAUAUACUUUUUGUGUUCUUAGCACUGUCAUAAUCUGUGGAAACCGAUUUGUUGCUCUUUACUGAAUUGUACCGCUACGUCAGCGAUGUGGCAACACGACCCUCGGUGAAUAACAACUUUCAUGAAUUAUUACAAAUGCUAAUUAAAGAUGCCUAAGGUUGGGAAAGCUUAGUUGAUAUGUCACUUGGAGAAUUAUUUACAAUACAAGUACUGUAGUGUAAUCUAUUUUCAAGCGGCCUAGUGUUUAAAGCAUUUAUCUUUCACCAAUACUACAGUACUGUAUACAGUAGUAUAUCACGGGUUCGAGUCCUACUUAGGCCGGGCACAUGUGAGAAGGGUGUUAUCCCGUGUGACCUUAUCAAACAUUACAGGUUCCCCAGACUCCAUUAUCCUCCUGUACUAACCUAAUAAGUGGUGAAAAGAUAAAUAAAAUAAAGCAAGUAUGGCCAGAAAAAGAACAAAAACACUUGCAUACUGUUUCUUCAUUUGUUUUCAUGCAUUAUUUUUGAAGAUAUAAUACAGUAUUGAGAUUUUUUGGGGUAUGGUUGUCUGACAUUUUACUGUGCUUCACUUAAAGUUUGGGAAUUGCUUGCCCACUUUAACCCAUUCAUGGUCGUAGUACAAUGGAAUAUUAUUUUGGGGGAAUUUUGUAUUUCUUUUGGUGUAUGUAUUUAUUGUAUGUGUUUGUAGUCUUGAAUGUACAAUACAAGUGGUUAAGAUUUUCACCACUGAAAUUGUACAGUUAUGGAAUGAUAAACUAUGAGGACAUUAAUUACAGCAAAUUCAUAUUUAUAUACAAUAAUUUGAAAGGCAACAGAUUAUUAAUAUGUUAUUUAUGUGUCAUCUGUUCAUUGUUUUCAACCAUAUUUUCUGCACUUAUAACCAUAAAAGAUGAAUCCAUGUUUAAACAGCCCAUUCCAUACCCAUUUAAGGAACUCAGUUAUGGUGAUCUAUGUAGAAUGUUGUUGGCAUUUUGUCAGUAUCUAUAUUGUGAUGUGUUCUUGUCUGAGCAACUAGAGUGAAGUGCCAAAGUCAUACAGGAGUGAGAAAGUUCAUAGUACCAGAAUUAUUCAAUUUGUUUAUUAUACUUCUACAUGUAUGAUGAUAACCCACUCAUUCCUACACAUUUUUCAGUUGUUACUUAAAGACUAGAUCAUAAUCAUAAAUUUAGUCAUAGACUACUUGGCAGCUUCUCAUUAACAACUGUAUUUACAUUAACUGAGCUUUUUAUAAGAUUUUAUGCUGGUAUUCAACAUUUUGUUUCAUAGGUGGCCACAGUGUUUUGCUUGAAGGUAUUGUUGUCAUAUAUAUCAUAGCAACACCAGCAGGCAUAACAAGUAAUAUGCUAAAACUAGUUUGCCAGUGUCAGUGAAUGUGGUAUUCACACUUUUAAGCAAAUCAAAUACUUUGUUUAAUACUAUGGUAAUUACUCCAUUUGGUACAGUAUUCUAGUCACAUUAAAUUCAAUAAACUUUGAUUAGUCUGUAGUAUAUAAGUUCCUUCUUCAGUCUUAGUGUUACUGUGAUUUAAAAUGUGCACAUCAUCAAAAUAUGGUGCUAUUAUUCUGAAAUUUGAUGCACAACAGAUGAAAUAAAAAAGCACAAGAUCACAAAACAAAUUUUGAUUGGAAUACUGACAAAUGUUAGGCAGGUGAACACAGUCAAACUUGAAAGAAAAAAUUCGUGAAGAGACGAAUUUGCUGUCAUAUAGCAGUGAUUAAACAGUUAAUAUACACUGUGUAUCAUAAAAAGUUGCUCUCUUCUGUGAAAAAACACAAAUAUUUUUGUCAUACCUAUUGGUAUGCAUUUUAUUCUUAAAACAUUAAUGUGAUGGACCCAUAGUGAAGUUUUACCAACAGGUAUACAGUACUUAGAUAAAAAUAUUCUUAUCUUAGCUAACACUAGAGGUGAACAUUAGUUAUACUGUAUCUCUCACUAGAAAAAUUAAUGUUGCAUUGCUGAGUUGUUGUCAUUGUUGGCUGCUAACUGUGAUGAUAUUAAGUGGUUUGGUCGGGCUAAAUGUUCGGCAAGUUUCCAUAUACUGUACUGUACUUGCUGCUUAUUCAGCCCCAUAGUAAAUUGUAGGUACUGUACUGUACUAUAUAUAGAUGUAAAUAAAUGCCUGUUGGAGUCACAACCUAGGAAUGGUAUGAAACUUCUGGUAAAAUAGUUAAAAUGAUAAGCUAUGAGCCAAGCUCACUAUCAAGAAAUAUCCUUGAAAAGGUAUCCAACUUUAGUGUAGUACAGAUUUAAUAAUUUUAUCAAUAUUUUGGAAUAUUAUCUAUAAUUUGUUAAAAUGACACUAAGAUAUAUAUUUUUAGGAAUGUGAUCUGUAAACUUUGUCAAAUCCAUGACUUCUAUACCUCCUUAACAUCAGUAUUUUGCAAUUACGUGUAAUAAAUAAACUAUUCAGCAUGCAAGUACUGUACACCCUAGGUGUGUUAAGAGCUGACACUGUACAGUACAGUGUCUUGUGCUUUAUUAACAUUUUGUGAAUUAUACACAGUACUGAGAGAAUGACUUCCCUCACAUUUUCUCUGAAGUUUCACGUGUCUGUCUCAGAUAUUAUGGAUUUGACAGUUUCAAAGAUAUUAUGGUGAGCUUUAAACAAAUUAAAAAUCUUAGGAUUAAAUAUAUUGAAAAAUGUUAGGGAGCAUUAUGUGAGGCUGCACUUGCCAUGAUGCAUGCUAUUUAAAGUGUAUGUUUGUUAUAGUAAAACCAAUUCAUGUUUUGAGUGCAUAAAUUUUUAGUGAUGUAGUGAAAGGUACUUAUUGUGAUGUUUUAUUCAGCAGAUACUGAUAUAAAGAUGGAGUAAACUCAUCUGCAUAAAUUAAUUUUUUUUUAUAAAGAGGCACAAUGAUUGUGCUCACUGUUUGAGAAGGCAUAGCUAUUUUUGGAGGCUAAAUGGUGUGUACGAUGUUACUGAAUAUUCUCACCAAAUCAUAGAGCCACAAUCAUAAAUUGUGCAAUGGACUCUAAUAUGGUGGAUGCAUGUUUAGUUGUUCAUGUGGACCACACAGUCUAUUUUGCAGUCCAUUCAGAUGUUUUGUAAAAGCAGCAUAUGUUGGGCAUUGAUGUAAUCAGUUAUAUUAAAAUAAUGGAUUUCCAGUAA